AUGUCCCACCCCCCGGGAAGCCCAAAAAAUACGUUCAAAAAAACCUUCACCUCAACAACCAAUUCAUUAUCUGCCAUUCCUAAGUCCCCCCCGGAAAGGUCACGUGAACACUCGAAAUUCCCGCCUGGUGCCCGGGGGUCUCUCCCCGGGCACCGUCGCCGGCCUGCUGAGGUUCUGGGCCCGGAGGCCUAUUCGUAUCCAACUACAACGUGCGGGGCAACAUCGCCGCGUUCCGGCACGGAUUCUGACUUAGAGGCGUUCAGCCAUAAUCCGGCAGAUGGUAGCGUCGCGGCACUGCCUGGUCAGACAGCCGCAAAAACCAAUUAUCUGAAUCAACGGUUCCUCUCCUCACGUUCCCUAUUAGUGGGUGAACAAUCCAACGCUUACCGAAUUCUGCUUCGGUAUGAUAGGGAAGAGCCCGACAUCGAAGGAUCAAAAAGCAACGUCGCUAUGAACGCUUGGCUGCCCACAAGCCAGUUUAUCCCUGUGGUUAACUUUUCUGUGCACCUCUAG